UAGGAGUCUCAGGUGUUUGGACAGCUGUCAGUGUCAAACUGAAAUUAUGUCAAAAAAGCUCUUUUAAAUAAGAAAAAAAAAUAAUAUUCAAUUCCUAAACAGGAAAAUAAGGGCAUAGCCUCCGAAAUUGAACAGAAUCUCCCUUAAAAUGUCAUUAAUUUUCAGAUUGGCGGGGCGAAGUCUCAACGGCCCCAUUCUGCGUCCCCAAAACGUCAAAUUAGUGAACAAUUUCGUGCGGGGGGCGACGAUUAAAUGCGCCCCGGCGGUGGCCGAGAAGCACGAGAGUCACGACGAGAAAAACAUGCGACUGGGCAGACCCCAGUCGCCCCAUUUGACCAUUUACAAGCCCCAACUGACCGCCAUUUUGUCCAUAUCCCAUAGGGCCACCGGGAUGGUACUGACGGGGUACCUGGUGGCUUUGAGCAUGGCCGCCUUAUACCUGCCCUGCCCCAUUGAGUUUUACAUUGAACAGUUGAAGUGUAUGGAAAUCGGGGCUCUGCCCAUGUUUGCCCUAAAAUUCUUCUUCGCCUUCCCGUUGACUUAUCACUUUUUCAACGGGAUCAGGCAUCUCCUGUGGGAUACCGCCCGGUUCUUGACCAUCAAGGAGGUUUAUGCCACCGGAUACACCAUGCUCCUGGUGGCAUUGGGCACGGCCAUUGCCUUGUCCGGAUCUUCUUUUUAAGGUAUUUUGUUUAUUGAAAUAAAUUCAUUUGUUUUUUUUG